AUGUUCCCUUUGCACUGCAAUAAAUGUUUCUGCACUCGUAAAUUGGAACCAAAACGUUUAUUUAAUAUUUCACGUUGUGGACACAUUAUCUGCCAGCAGUGUCUCCAAUCCAAGUGUCGCAUCUGCUCGAAAUCCUACAACGCAAUUCCCAUACAAAAGGAAAUGCCAGCAUCAAUGCUUGAAUAUUUCGAUGAUCCAAUCAAAAGCUAUCGUCACUAUCAAAAAGUUGCAAAAUUUCAUUACGAUCAAGAACGAAGUCUCGGCAUCCAUUUGUAUAGGACAAAUGAAGCAGCAAUCCAGAAGGUCACCGCAGAGUUGCAAGCUUUUAAUAAAUUACAUAUAAAAUUAACGCAAACUAAGGAGAAAGAACGCGAACGCAUAAGAAAAUUAAAAGAAUAUAUUGCGUAUUUUGAACGACGAUUGGAACAGUCACGUUAUGUAAAACCACCCGUUGCAGCACAGCCACGAUAUCGGUAUCCCUCCCGUCAUAAGAAUACCCAAGAUAGCAGUGGUGUUAUGCCGGUGGUAGACUGUAUGCCACAAUUGACACAAACGGCUCGAUCGCAUUAUGCCCCACCCCGCAGUCCCACCUUGAGCAACAACAACAGUUCAGGCAGUGAAAAGACAAUAAGUGAGGUUUCCAGAAGGAUGUUGCGUACACCACCGCCACUUUUGCCCUUUUCGGAAUAUAAAAAGAAAUCCAAGAAAAGCCCAAAUCGAAAACAUUUCAACAUGUAACAGAAGAGAAAUUUAAAGUAUUUAUAAUUUACCAUAUUUUUUUAAAGGUUCCUAAAUUUAUCAAAGUAAAAAAAAGAAUUCGAAAAAA